AUGAACGACGAACAAGUUGGCUUUAACUUGGCCGAUCUUAGAAAGCUUUGCAAGUCGUACAUGGAUUAUACUCGCACGUAUAUGGAUCGCAAAGAAGUCAGGCGAAUCAACAGGCAGCGAUCUUCGUCAGACAACUUCGUGUUCCAAUUUUCGUCGGAUGUGGUGGACUUUAGCUCUCAAUAUGGUAGCGAUAUUAGCAUAUCUUACACGGCUAGUAAUGUCACCGGCAGGCCGAGCAAGUUUCCCAACUACGGAGACUUUCCCCAGUCUUAUGUUAUGCGGAGUUAUGGACCAUGGAGAGAUUUAGCACCAUCCCGAAAAUGUCCAAUUAUGCCACAAAAUGCCGGAAGAAUAAGAAGCGAAGAUUAUAUAAUAUUAUCAUUUACAAUACCAGUCAUUCCUGUGGUCAUCUCCAUAUUUGAAACUUUUACUCCCGGGUCUGUAGUACGGAUAUCGGGCAAAGUCAUUGAUCUUCCUGAAACGAUGGCAUGGAGAUUACUUUGGGAAGGGCUGCCACAGAACUGUAAUGGCACGAAACAUUCUCGUCUGUUUGCUCCAAAAUUAAAUCACAUAAAGGAACUGGUCAAAGAGAUAUGCAUUGAGUUUAAUCAUUCCCAGUUGGAUUACUAUACUGAGUUAGAUGCUGUAUCCAUGGGAGGUAUUUUGAAGUAUCCAGAAGACGGUGAGCUAGACGUUAUGUCUAUACCUAUGGUUACUCAUACUUCCUCAGGAUACGUUGGUGAUAAUGAUGAAGAACAAAACCAGGAGUUAUUGUUAAAUGUUAGAGUGCCAUCAAUGGCUUCAAAUAUACCUAUGUCAACGAGUCUAGAUCCAUUUAUGAAACUGAUCAAGAAUAUAGAAGAACUUGAAAACGAGUGGCGUAAGGUACCUGCCAUUGAUUACACGUUGCAAUUGCCGAAUGAAUCAUUGAUGCAAAUAUUUUCAUACUUGGAUUUAAAAUCAUUGCGACUUUGUAUGAGGGUGUGCAAGCGCUUCAAUAACAUUUGUACCGAUGGAUAUUUCUACAGAGAAUUAAAUUUAAAACCUUAUUGGUGUUCAUUUUCCUAUUCAAUGCUCAUUUCAUUAGAGCCGUACUGUGACCGGAUGACAAAGUUGGAUUUAUCCUGGUGUGGUAUUACAAAAGGAAUAUUGACCAUACCAUUCAACUUAUUUUUAAAGAGAUGUGGUAGAAAUUUAACUAACCUACGAUUAGACUGUUGUGAAUUCGUCAAUGAUACCACAUUAAUUGCAAUCAACUUAUUUUGUAUAUAUCUGAAAGAAUUGAGUUUAAGAAGUUGCACUUCGAUUAGUUUUGAGCUGAUAUGUCCACCGCAGAGUUUAACAGAAAUGGAGCGUAUGGAUUUUUAUAGAACAAAUAUCAACAGAGAUUAUUUAAGUUUUUAUAUAACUGAUAUGCCCAAGUUGAAGCACAUCAAUCUUGGUUCAUGUAAACGAAUCCAAUGUAUGGAUCAUGUUGCUCAUGAAUUGUCAAUAUGGAACAAGCAACUAGUGUCUGUAGAUUUUUGGAAAAGUUAUACACUGUCUCCUACUGGGCUGCGCUAUUUAACUGCUCUCAAACAACUUGAAGAAAUUGAUCUCGGAUGGUGUUUAGCUAUGAGUAUUCCUGGUGAUAGUCUCUUGGACUUGGUCAAAUCUUGUCCAAGAUUGAAAAAAAUCAUUGUUGUGUCACUACGCGGUGUGUGCGACCGUGAUCUACUAGCGUUUGCUGACUACUGCCCACUGUUGGAACAAAUUGAUUUGGUUGGCCUCAGAGCAAUUACGGUUGAUGCUUGCUCCAAGUUCCUACAGAAAUGUAAAAACCUAAAGUUAAUAGAUGUUAAUUUUUGCGAAAACAUCAAAGAAGAUGAUGUUAAUGAUUGGCGAUUAAAAUAUCCUAAUGUAUGCAUUCAAUUUACUACUUCUGAUCAUUCAAAUGUAUAUCAUUACUAG